UAUGAGUCGGUAUUGUUGAUGACGAUUUGCUAAAAACACGUGCGUAGCGGGUCUUUGUGUCAUUGUUAUUAUAAAAUUAAUUAUUAUAAUUUUCUAAUUUAUUUAUACUGAUACUAAUUACUAAUACCUGUAUUGAGUAUAUAAAUAUAAAAAAAGGUAUGAGAAAAACAAUGGAAUGGUUACAAAAAAAUCGUAAUCCACUGGAAUUAUUCUGUGAAGAUGUUGAUAAAAUAUCUACAAAACAAGAAGAAUUAUCUGAUUAUCAUUAUCAUGAUCAAUGUCAAAAAAAUAUUUACGGCGACAAUUGUGAAAUGACACCAACAGUUAAAAUUUCUAACCCUGUACUGAAUUCUGAUAUAAAAGAAGUUGAAGAAAACUUUGGAUUAUUAAAUAUUUUUAAGUCUCCUCCAGAUUUUUCUAAAUCUAAUUCAAUUAUAAAGUCUAAUAUUAAUAAAAAACUAUUAACGAGAUCAUCAACAUUAAUAAUAGACGAUGAUGAUGAAUGCAAAAAUAGUAAUUGUGAAAAAUCAUUAAAUUCGAGUGAUGAUCCAGAUCCGAGUACAUCAACUCCUGAACGUAAAGACCGACCAGAACGUCACAAAUACAAAAUGUUUCAACCGCCAAAAUUAAUAAUUAGCGACUCAAUUGAUGAAGAUACUGAUAUUAUUGAUGCAAUCGAAUGUAGUCCAGUACGAUCUCCAUUUCCAUCAUCUGAUUUUCUGAAUGAUUCAACUUUGGGAUUGGAUGAUACUCUGCUAGCAACUUCUUUCGAUAGUUCACCAAAAGAUUCAGCAUUCAAUCCACGAGAAAAUAAAUUAAUGAAUUUACUCGGACGAUUUGGUCUUAAUCAUUUUGCUUUAAUAUUUAUUGAACAAGAAGUAGAUGUGGAUUUAUUUCUUACGCUUACUAAUGAUGAUCUAAAGGAAAUUGGAAUAGAUAGAAAAACUGAUCGUAAUAUUAUAUUAUCUGUUAUUGAAGAAUGUAACAAACGUUAUUGUUAAUUAUUUAACUAAUUAUUA